GUGCGUCAUUGUCGUCAUUGUUAUGCGCCUUUGUGGUGCCUUUGUACGACUUGGACUAGAGCGCGCGUUGCAAUGCGGAAGCGGGGAGCCGGGAGGAGGGUGUCACACGGGAUGCUGACGUGGGUGAGCCGGUAAAAAUUUCCAUCGUCGGUAGCGCAGCGUGUGACCGGCUCCACUGCACCAUCCACCGGGCAGCACACGACGCCGGCAAGCCGGGUUGUAUGCGCCUCUGAGCGGCGAAGAUGGGCAACAAGCUGCCGUCCACCAGCUUCUUCAAAGCCGACACCCCCCAAACAGACCCCAUGUUCAAAACCAGGACCAUCAGCAAAGGGAUCACCUACUACCAAGGACCACAAGCACCCCCUUCAUCUCAGACCCCUGACCUACUUCACCCAUCCACCCCGAGCCUCGACCAAUCACAGGCCUCCCCCCGCCCUCUCCUCCUCUUCCUGUCAUGGCUGGGCGCCCACCAGGCGGCGGCGUCCAAAUACUUCCACACAUACGUGGAGCGUGACAUGGACGUGCUCCUGGUUCAGAGCAGCGUCCUCCACUUCCUGUGGCCCAACUGGGGCCUGGAGUACAGCCGGGAGGUUCUACGGGUGCUGGAGAGCCCCGAGUUCAGCGGGCGGCCCGUGGUGGUCUACGCGUCCUCCAUCGGGGGCUACACUUUCACACAGGUGCUCGCUCAUGUGGCCCACGGGCGGGGCGAGCACGAUGCGUUGGCUCACAGGGUCGUAGGUCACAUCUACGACAGCCUGGUGGCGGGCAGCCUGGAGCACAUGGCCACAGGCCUCGGUAAGACGUUGGCGCCGCGUCUGGAGGGCUUGGUGAAAAUCGCCGCCAUGUUCUACUUUUGGCUCUUCAAAGGCAGCACGGCGGACGUGUACCGGCGCGCCAUCCAGGUGUUUGAGAGCAGCCCCGUCACGGCGCCCGCUCUCUUCUUUUUCAGCGAGAACGACGCCCUGUGCGACACGGCCGUGCUGGAGAAGACCAUGGAGAAGUGGCGGCGCAGGGGCGUGGUCGUGCAGAGCAGGAAGUGGAAGAAAUCCACGCACGCCGCGCACAUGCGGUGCCACCCUGAGGAGUACCGCGCCACGCUGGACCGCUUCCUGAACUCGCUGCCUUUGAUGCCCGUCCACGCGCACAUGGAAGACUCCAAAUGUUAACCGCGGUCACAUCAUUAACCUUCAAAGCAAAAGUCUAACUGCUUGUCAUCGUCAUGGCCACAACAUUAGGUACACCCAUAACCCCGCCCCCAACCCCAACCAUAUCCACACCUGUCAACAUGUCACUUUUUUUUAAUAUCUUUGAAUCCCUCCCCUCAUCCCUCACCGUCUCCUGGGCAACACAUCCCGGAACCAGUAAAGUCAGACCUUCAAAAUAAAAGAUUACUAGUAAAUUAACCCUGGUAGCACAAAACCAGCAUUUCACACUGUACCUAAUAAAGUGGCCAGUUAUUUAUUUUACAGAAACGUUCAAUUAAAUCCAAAAUUGGCAUUAAAAUUCUUUAUUUUCAUUCAUUUUUAAGUGUGCUCCCAUGUAAUCGUAGCUGCAGUCCUCAAAGUGUCCACAAGAGGGCAGUGCUGCCCCACAUAUGUUUUAAACAUGAAUUUCACUGCAAAGGAUGAAUUAUUUGGUAUAUUUAUUGAGUUGUGGUAUGGAUACUCACACAGUGUUAUGAUUUUUAAUAUGAUUUCAUCUUCACAAGUGUGGACAGAACAUGACGAUGCUGUCUCAUUAAAGGUGUGUCCACAGAUGCCAGCGUCCAACGCAGAUACUUUUUGGGG